CUACUUUUCUGUUUUUCGGGUCUGUGUCUGUUUCCUUUUUUGGUUAGAAAAAUUUAUAUUUUGAUGAUUUGUGAUUGUGUUGUGUUGAGAAUGGUGAAUUUGAAUGAGGUUUGAAUUUUUGGACUAUAAACUAAAACUUGCUGCAAUCUAAUCCAACAGUUUUCAAUAAAUACUUUAUAUUACAUUCAUUGCUGAAAAUUCUAAAUAUGAUUCGGUUACAUAGACCUAGAAGAGAUAAUAUUGAACAACAAUGUUUGGGCUUACCUGUGCUUGUGAAUAAAUAAGUGACAUUACUCUGCUAUUUUUUACAUAAAGUUUUAAAUUUGGGGCCAUGGACUCUCAUGUCUGUAAAAAUUUAAGAUGAAUACUUGUGGAUGAAAAAACUUUAUUGAUAUUGAGAAGACUUACAAGGAUCCUAGGAUUGAUCGAGUGGGAUGCCAUUAUACAAGACGGGACUAUGAUUAAACAAGAUAUAAUUUUGUCAAAAUGGAAUACUUCUUAAUCAUUUUCAUAUUCCUCGCACCCAUCGAAUGUAAAACUUCUUUUGAUUUUAAUUCGAUCAAUUUGCCUAGAGAACAUUUGAAAUAUUAUUUUAAUACUUUCACCAAAAUAGGUGAAGACUGUAUAAAUGAUGAAAACUGUCGUUUUAAGAAAGAGGUUGAGAAACAAGGAUGCUGGGGUUAUGAAAUGGGUUGCAAGGAGGAUACAGCCUAUUCGAAGCCACAGUGCUUGGGUGAUCAUAAAGGCUGGGUCAAAACUAAAGCAGAUCAAAUAAACACUUUCUAUACGCAAGCUGAUUUCGGCUACAUUCGAGAACAGCAGAAGGAAAUGACUGUGAUGUGUGAACCACUGUUCAAGGAAGACUCUUCUCUUGAAUGCUCCAAGUACCUGCGGUUUUGUAGAGGUAGAAAUCUAAUGAUCAAUUUUACAGAUCUGAUGGACAGGAAGGAACCUCUUAGAUAUAAAAUGGACGUCCUGAAGGAUGGCCAAAUAGGCGGUUAUUGCACAUUUUAUGAAGAUAGACUGAAAGAUGAAUGUACUCACAUAAGUCCUCUUCAAUCAUGGGGACCUGAAAUGAGGUACUUCAAGCGACUAGACAAAAGGCCUAUAGUAUCUGGAGACUGUGAUAUUGUGAUAGAAAAACCGACAUUCAUCAUGAAAAUUGAUGCAACAGUCAACAUGUAUCAUCAUUUCUGUGAUUUCUUCAAUCUUUAUAUGUCACAACAUCUAAAUCUCUCCCAGCCGGAUGGGUUUUCAACAGACGUCCAUAUUUUGAUUUGGGAAAGCUUUUCCUAUUUCUCGAAUUUUGCCUCAGCCUUUGAAGCAUUCACUGAGCAUCCUAUUUGGGAUUUGAAGACUUUCAAAGGAAAAACGGUCUGCUUUCGAAAUGUUGUCUUUCCACUGCUUCCUAGAAUGAUAUUCGGAUUAUACUACAACACCCCAAUAAUUUGGGGAUGUGAAAAAAGUGGUCUAUUCCACGCUUUUUCGAAGCAUAUUUUACAUCGAUUGAAAAUUCCAGAAAAGAAACGGAAAUCAGCAAAAAUACGGAUAACAUUGCUGUCUAGAAAUACUGAUUAUAGAAAUAUAUUGAACGAAAAUGAACUAAUUGAAGCAUUGGAGAAAAAUUCCAAUUAUCAAGUUCGCAGAGUCAUUUUCAAUAGAAGUGUGGAUUUCAAAAAACAAUUGGAGGUUGUCCGGAAUACUGAUUUGUUCAUUGGAAUGCAUGGCGCGGGACUGACGCACUUGCUCUUUCUUCCUGAUUGGGCAGUAGUUUUUGAAUUAUACAACUGUGAGGAUGAAAACUGCUAUAUGGACUUAGCACGGCUGCGGGGAGUCAAAUACAUAACAUGGCAGGAUAAAUCAAAGCUUGAGCAGCAAGAUGAGGGAAAACAUCCAGACGGAGGAGCACAUGCUAAAUUCACAAAUUACAAAUUUGAUGUAGAAGAGUUCAUGCGAUUGAUUGUGAAUGCAGAAGAGUACAUAACAUCACACAAAAAAUUCAAGAAACUUAACAAAAAAGUGGAAGGUUUGAAAACAGCUCAUGACGAAUUAUGAUCAAAAUAGCUUUCAAAUGAGGAAUUAAGCAGUAUUUUUCCGUCGGUAAAAUAUUUUGGUUUAUAUAAUUUGAUAUUAAUAUUUUUAUAAUUUUUUAAUUUAUACACUACUUUUUAUACUUAUAACGUUUGUACUUAAUACUAUUAUUUGUAAAUAAAUACUUAAAUUAAGACUA